AAUAUUUAAAUGCUGAUGCUCCUUUACUUUUGUUUUACGAACAUCGGCUAUUAGGAAAGUGAAUCUGUAAUUAGGAGAAUAUUUAUUUAAAUAUGUAGAUAAUAUAUUUCCAUAGCUUGAUUUAUGUAAUUUCUUGUAUCAAAUUCCAUAACUUUGAGAUAUUUAAAAGGCCAAGCUAUAGCAAUAGAAAAUUGAUUCCUCAGAUAGCUGAACAUUGUACCAGAAGCCUUAGUAGCUAGAGUUCUUCGCUCAGGAGCAAUGAUUUACGCGCACGUAGUUUUAUCGUUGGCGACGAUUGCUGUUUUUGCUAUACUAAUAAAAAUCCGUCUUCGCUCUAGGAUAAAUUAUUAUUUUCCCGGACUUUUUCCAUGUAAAAAACCAGUCUUUCUUCCAAUUGCUGUUCUAAAUCAUGUGCCUUGUACUGAAAAGAACGAGGACUUGAUAAGUCAAUUGUCCGAUGAUAUUCUGAUUUUAAUUAUCUCGCGUUUGUCCACAAGAGAUGCUACAAGGACGAGCCUUUUGGCACGAAGGUGGAGGAAUCUGUACAGAUAUGUAACUGAAAUCGAGUUGAGUUGUUACGACCUUUUAGAACGUGCGCCUGGUAUUAGUAGGAGCUUUAGGCCAAAAAGUUCUGAUUCAGUCAUGAAUGCAUUGGAUAGUUUUUUGAGGCUUCGUUCCGGUUCUAAGAUCCCUUCUUUCCGUCUAACUGCUUGUUCAAAUAAAUCAGCCACUGAUCGAUUCGAGCAGUGCAUUUCUAUUUUAGGUAGAAUGGACGUUGAAUCUUUUUUUCUGGAAGGUUGUCGUCAUUCGUAUUUACUUGAUCUUUCUUUUUCUUGUCACCUUUUUUCUAAGAUGCCCUUAUUGAAAAAAAUCGAAUUGAGCAACUGUUAUUUGCAGUCAAGCUUGAGAAGCCAAUGUAAUAAUUCUAUCCAAAAUCUUGUUCUUAUGGAUGUUAGUGUUUCUCCUGGUGCUAUAGAGUCCGUCUUGUCCAAUUGUUUGAAGCUCCACUCGUUGAUGAUGACUGGUUGCGCAUGUCCUUCUAAGUUAAGCUUUUGUGGGCCCCAUCUUGAAUUGAAAUCUCUUUAUAUAAUGGAGUGUGAAGGUGUAAAGGAAAUAGAGUUCUAUGCCAGUAAUCUCGUCAUAUUUGAGUUUACGAAUCCUGUACAGGUUGACUUUAUAUUCGACCAUGUUCCGCAACUGCAAAGUACAUAUAUUUAUAUAUUCGAGAAAAAUAUUUUUCCAUAUGUCUGCGGGAAACUUGCAGUAGAUUUGCCAGACCUGAAAUCAUUGAAUUUUGCUACUAGAGGUGAUAAUUUUCAGGAGAGCAGGAUUAACAUGUUCGGCAACCUUAGGCGAUUAUAUAUCAACGUGUAUUCCCUACCAAAAAUCCAUCUUCUUUGGCUGACUUCAUUUUUGCAUAGUUGUCCCCUCCUACAGGAGUUUCACUUGACUAUGAAUAUUUGCGUCCAUGGACCACUAGUGGAGAAGGAAAAGCAAGCCGUCGUAUUUCAUUCAGAGCUGAAGAAAAUGGAAAUAGGUGGAUUUCGUGGCACGGAAUACGAGAUGGAGUUUGCCUUGUACAUUCUCAAAAGUGCAAUCAGCCUCGAGAUAAUGAACAUAAAUAGGUGCCCGAAGGUAUACAGCGGACCUGACAAUUGGCGUUGGGAAUAUGUACAUUCAUGGAGUGAAAAUACACGUGCAAGAAUUCAAACGGAAUUACAAGGACAAGCCGUUUCCAAGACUGCACAACUCACUGUUCAACAUGAACCCGAUGACCCGCUCCACUCAGGCCCUUCUUGCUCCUUAUGCGAUGCGUGCUGUGUGCAAAGGUGAUCGAUCCACUUCAAGCAGAUUGGUUUCUACCAAAUAAUUAUUUCGAUUUUCUUUUUUGAACAGAAUAUUUAUUUCUAUUUAGUCUAAAUAAAUAAUACUUUAUUGGAAAAUCCUUUACAUGACGAACGAAUUAAGUAAAGCUAAUAUCUUCUGGCUAGAUUGAUUUGAAGACGACGAAUGGAUUCAUUCUAUAAAGAACCACCAACGAGUUAGGGCCAGAAGCUUGAAGCCGUAUUUGUUAAUGGAAGAAAACUUCGAUAACCAAAAAGUUCGCCAAGUGCUUCCAAAAUCGACAAGUGAUUUCCUUCCUUACUGUUCGCACCGUUCCGAACUCAGUAUAUGAUGGCGGACAGAUCGAACCAGAACAAGAAUUAGCUCCAUCGCAAAUAUUCCAAUUUUUCUUAAGCUAAGUGAAAAUUUACAUCAAUUUCGAUCCAAAUAGUCGGAAAAAAAACGGAACUCGAAAUUUCGAAAAUUAUAAUGAAAAAACUUAUUCUAAAAUCGGAAAAAUCAGAAGUCGCAUAUAAGUGCUUAUCUUAAACGACCUCAUGUUUUUAUUACAUAUUAGUAUUACUAUGGAACUGAAUUAUGGUGGACAAACGAAUGACAAAAUUAGUUAUUCUUAAAUGCAAUUUGGCCCCAAACAACUUAUGUAUAUGGCAAAAUUGUCGCACCUCUCCGAUUCGUUGCCAUUUCUGUCCGAGCUGCUUGCCGGUGAAGAUGUGCAUGAAACGCCGUCGCGGUUCCUCAAUGUUAUUGCUCUCGGCGAUACUGGUGCAGGUAAGUCUGCGGUGUUGAAUAGUCUAAUUGGGCAUCCUGUAUUGCCGACUGGUGAAGGUGGUGCAACACAUGCUCCGACAUAUGUUGAUUUGAUAAGGGAUAGAUCACUAGGUAGCAAAACCAUCAUCAAUCCACCAUCUUUACUUUCAAGGUGUCCAUGUUCACUUCGGAGAUUGAUACAAACGAAAUGGAGCGAAAACUCUGGUCAGAACAUUUUGAAGCUUAUUACAAGUACAGCUCCACCAUUAAAAUUGGCUGAUUUGCCUGGUGUAGACAACGUCAUUCUUGGUCAUUCAUUGAGACAGUACGCUGAAGGCAAUGAUGUGGUAUUGCUGGUUGUAAUACCUGCUGAUCAAGCUCCAAAUGUGCUCUCAGCUCAGGCUAUCCAAAUCGCAAAGGACUAUGAUGCAGAAUGCACAAGAACUGUUGGUGUGAUUACCAAGAUCGAUGAAGCAUCUUCGAAACCAUACGUCCUGGCUGCUGUGAAGGAUCUAUUGUUAGGUAAUGGACCUACAAGUAUAUCUAACAUUCCGUGGGUUGCUAUGAUUGAAUGUUUAACUAUGGAUGAAUAUCACGGUACGCUUGAAAUGAAAGUUGAUUGGGAAAAAGAGUUCAUCAGUUUGAAACGUAUUCUGGAAGAUGUCCCCAGAAGCAAAAUUGGGAGAUUUGCAUUGGUCGAAGCACUUGCUCAAAAUAUCCGGCUACGAAUGAAACAUAGGCUCCUCCGAGACUUCUCUGUGGGUACCCCUCCUCUUAGGGAAGACGAGACCGAAACACAAUCUUCUAGCUUGGAGACCGGAACACGAUCAUCUAGCUUGUUGACGAUGGUGGUAGGGGUUCUCGUUUUUAUUUUACUCGGGGGAGGUGUAGGGUGGUAUAUUGGUUAUGAGACGUCGACCCGAUAUCUUCUCACCGGUUUAGUGAGAUAUGGUUUGUCAUUUCUCAAGGAAGUGCAUUCGGCAGGGAUCAUGUUGAAAGAUUUGUCGAAGCUUAAAUCGACAUUUUGGGAUAAGAAGAAUAAUUAGUGGGAUAUGUUUGUAGAAGAAUUAGUGGGAGGAUAUGUUUGUACAAGAAUUGUACUCUUUCUUUCUUUGCUUUAACAGUUUCUUUGAUUUUUCGAAUUUUGAAAAAAUUCGAAUUUCCGAAGUUUUUGUAUUGAAUUGGAAUGUACAUGAGAUUCCAAUUUACUAUACUGUUAUAAUUCCCAAUAUUACCAUUCCGAAUUUUGAAAAAUUUCGAUAUUAUUCGAAGUUUUUGUAUUGAAUUGAAACGUACAUGAGAUUCCAAC